AGAGCAUCAGUUGAACGUUCAUCUUGUGAUAACAACAAUUGGAGCAGAACUGUUUUUGCGAAGGCGUUUGUGACAGUUUUCUAAUAUGUCUGGAAGAGGAAAAACAGGAGGAAAAGCGCGUACAAAGACCAAGACACGUAGUUCGCGAGCUGGCCUGCAGUUUCCUGUUGGUCGUAUUUAUCGGCUUUUGCGAAAGGGGAACUAUGCAGAGCGAAUUGGCGCUGGAGCUCCGGUGUAUUUGGCCUCUGUACUGGAAUAUCUUGUCGCUGAAGUGUUAGAAUUGGCCGGAAACGCAGCCCGCGACAACAAAAAGGCCCGUAUAAUGCCCCGUCAUUUGCAACUUGCUGUUCGCAACGACGAAGAGCUUAACAAACUCUUCGGUGGCGUGAUCAUCGCUCAGGGUGGUGUCUUGCCGAACAUACAGGCCGUACUUCUCCCCAAGAAGACCAGCCAGGGUGCUGUAGGGGCUGGGAAGGCGAAGUCUGUGGAUUCCCAGGAAUAUUAAAUUAUCACUUCUCUAAACCCAAAGGCCCUUUUAAGGGCCACA